AUGACGGUUCCGAAGCUUGACGAAACGAUGGGGGCGUACUAUAUCGGCGUAUUAUUUGGCUCGUUGAUGUUUGGAGUCACGACGGUGCAAGCGUUCUCAUAUGUCCGAUCACGAUCAUGGGCAGACCCUCUAUGGUUGCGAUUCCUUGUACUCUCUGUCUGGUGUCUGGAGUGCACCCACCAAAUAUUCAUCAGUCAUGCUUUGUAUCGAUACCUCAUCUCGAAUCCCUUCAACCUCCCACAUCUCCAACGGACCAUCUGGACUGUCAUCAUGGAGGUACUUGUCACCGGUGUGCUCGCAUUCUGUGCGCACAUAUGGUAUCUGACACGCGUAUACUCCAUGAGUGAGAACUUGAUUCUCGUUGGCGCUCUGUCCUGUUUGGUAGUGGCGGAACUUGUACUCUCCAUCGUUUUCUGUGCCAAGGCUAUGCCGAUGCAUUCGUUCGCCGAGUUGGACUCAGUGAAGGAAUGGUUCCUUGGUUCCAAUGUCGCCUUCGUGGCCGCAUCUGGUGCCAUCUUUUGCGCUUACAUCGCCCUGCUUCAUGUACAGCCAACACGUCUCAAAUCGCGUUAUCGUUCCCCACUUCAUCGUAUCACCGCAUACGCUGUAGAUGCAGGCGCACCUGCAUGCCUCGCUGCACUCGGCUCCCUCAUUGCUUUCGUCGCAAGCCCGAAGACGCUCGUGUACGCACCGUUCUUCUUCUGUUUGGGAAGACUGUACAUCGCCUCGAUGCUGUCGGCAUUGAAUGGGUCGGCGCCUAAGGUUAAGCGCUCGGCUGCCACGACCAGCGACGGUAACGGCGUCUAUGCCCUAGAUGGUGCUGCUCCGCCGCGUCGUGACCGAAUGGUCAGGAUGAGCCAGUUUGGCCGUAGAAGCCGCUCGCGAGGCAACGCUAGGGAGAUGUCGAUUCACAUCGACACCGUGCAGUAUGUCAACCGCGACGACCGUGACACAGAGGAUUUCGACGAGAAAGCACCUGCAAGCGCUGUGUAG